AUGGAGAACGAAGAUCUUAUUGAUUACGAGGAAGAAGUGUCAGUGCCUACCUCAGGCGCCGCUCAGACAGAUGCUGGUGCAUCAGCCGGUGCUCCCGCCGCCAGUGGUGCUGAUGAAGGCAACAAGAAGGGAAGCUAUGUGGGUAUUCACUCAACCGGCUUCCGUGACUUCUUGUUGAAGCCCGAGCUUUUGCGUGCGAUCAGUGAUCUUGGUUUCGAGCACCCAUCGGAAGUCCAGCAGGAGUGCAUUCCUCAGUCGAUCCUGGGUAUGGAUGUGGUGUGCCAGGCCAAGUCGGGUAUGGGUAAGACGGCUGUGUUUGUACUGGCGUCGCUGCAGCAGCUCGAGCCUGUGGACGGUGAAGUCUCCGUUAUUGUGCUGUGCCACACGCGUGAGCUGGCCUACCAAAUCAGAAAUGAGUAUGCUCGUUUCACGAAAUACAUGCCCGAGGUGCGCACGGCCGUGGUCUAUGGUGGCACACCGAUCAAGGAGGAUCAGGCCAUGCUGGCUGACAAGACCAAGUGCCCCCAUAUUCUGGUGGGUACACCGGGUCGUAUGACUGGUCUGGUGCGUGACAAAUCGCUCAAGGCCAGCGAAGUGAAGCAUUUUGUGAUUGACGAGUGUGACAAGAUCUUGGACAACCUUGAGAUGCGUCGGGACGUGCAAGAGAUUUUCCGUGCCACGCCGCACCACAAGCAAGUUAUGAUGUUCAGUGCGACACUUGCGAAAGAGAUUCGCCCAACGUGUAAAAAGUUCAUGCAGAACCCUCUGGAAAUCUACGUCGAUGACGAGACGAAGCUCACGCUGCAUGGUCUUCGGCAGUAUUAUGUGCGCCUUGAAGAGGCCGCCAAAAACCGUAAGCUGAAUGACCUGCUCGACACGCUCGAGUUUAACCAGGUGAUUAUCUUUGUCAAGUCCAUUUCGCGCGCCAACCAACUGGACCAGCUGCUGCGUGAGUGCAACUUCCCAUCCAUUUGCAUCCACGGUGCCUUGGCUCAAGACGAGCGUAUCAAGCGCUACCAGCAAUUCAAGAACUUCGAAAAGCGUAUUCUGGUGGCCACGGACAUCUUUGGACGUGGUAUCGACGUGGAGCGUGUGAACGUCUCGAUCAGCUAUGACACGCCCUCUGAUGCCGACUCGUACCUGCACCGCGUGGGUCGGGCUGGCCGUUUCGGUACCAAGGGUCUCGCUAUCACAUUUGUGUCCAGCGAUGAGGAUGCCGAAGUGCUCAAGCAGAUUCAAAGCCGCUUCGAGGUUGCUGUGCCCGAGCUGCCCGACUCGAUCGAGGCCAGCACAUACAUGAACGCAUAG